UGAGGUGAGGAAGAGAGAGGUAAAUAGAAAGAGAAAGAGGAGAGAGAGAGCCUUGCUCGACGAGAGGUGAGUUAGUCUAAACCAUGAAGAGCUGGGCAACGUUACUAACCACUGCCGCGGCUGUGUGCGCAGUAAGCAGCCAGAAGUCGAACGAGCAGGAGGACCCAUGCAAGGUCAAGUUCAGGGUGGUGGCCGACGCGACGUAUUGUGACAGGUAUUGGGAAUGUGUCAAUGGUCAGCCAGAGUUGUACGACUGCCCCAACGGCUUGGUGUACGCUGGGAAGAACCGUGGAGUGACUGAGGGCUGCGACUAUCCCUGGAGAGCGAACUACUGCGAGGACAAGACGCAAGCAAACGGACCUAUCGGCAGAGAACACUGUGACUGGCUCUACGGCAUCUUCGGCCACGAGACCUCCUGCACUCGCUACUGGACCUGCUGGAAUGGAACAGCCACCGAACAACUCUGUAUUGGAGGACUCCUCUACAACGAGAACACUCACUCCUGCGACUGGCCUGAGAAUGUAGACGGCUGCCAGAAACAUCCUCUCUGCAAUGACGACGCCAACGGCAACGUUCCCCUAGGCAAAUCCUGCAACCGCUACUGGCAGUGCCAAGGAGGAUACCCCAGACUGCAGAGAUGUCCUGCCAUGUUGGUCUUUGACAGGAGAUCUUUGAGAUGUGUCGUUCCUCCCACGGAAGACUGCGAGGUACCAACGACACCACCACCCCAACCAGGCGAUCUCGAGGAAGACGGAGAACAAAAUAUUCCUCAGCAGUUGCAGCAAAGACCUGCUAGAGUUCAGCAACAACAACAGAAUCAGCAACAGAACCAACAGAACCAACAACAGCAACAGAAUGUUCCAUUCAACCUGCCACAAGGGGCGGUCCCCAUCCCCGUUAGAAACAAUAGGCCUAGAAACUAAGUUUGUUGCUCAGACACUUAAAACACCGGUUGAUUAGAUAACAUCAGUUUUAGACUACAAACCAGCCAUUGUAAGACUGUUGUUUCAGACGUUUGCCCUGCCAAACCACCAAAUAAGAAAAUUUGUCUAUUUUUAAGUUAGGAUAAGGUUUAAUGUAAGUUUAUAUUAAGGAUCAAAAUAAAAGUCUUAGUUUAUUUAA